UUUUCCUUUCUUAUUUUCAUACUCGAUUCAUAGUUGUGCUGGUGGUUUGGGUGGUUUUUCUGUCUACUUCCUCUUCACUUCAUUUGCUGCUUCAGGUUUUCAGCAUGUUUUCACACGAGCCUACGUAGAUAACUCAACCCUCAGCCUUAGACCACUUUGACAUCACAAACUAGCAUGUAACACAGACCUUUCACAUACUAAUAUUACAACAGAUUUUCAGUGAUGUGGGUGUCUCUUGUACUUUUCUCUGGUUCUUUCUAAAGGUCUUCAUAUUUUGGGUGAAUUACUUCACAAGGAAAAUGGAUUAUUUACUCAUUAGGAAUUUUCUGCUAAUGCUCACAGUGGGAGCCAUAAUUAAUGCCAGAGUUCACAGGACACUAGUUGAACCUAUGGUUCCAUCGAUGGUUGCUGCAUGUUUAGGAUCAAACCCAACCAUCAACUGCUCUUUUUACACAGAUGCUAAAGGACUCAAAGUGAAAUGGUAUUUUAGCAACACAUCUGACUUUAAGCACAAUGAGAAGAUCCAGUCAUCAAAUCGCUCCAGUGUGAGUCAUUACCAUGAAGCCCAAGGAUGGACUGCUUCAUUUUUGACGAUUAAAAAUGUUACUUUCAGUGAUAUGGGAUGGUAUUUUUGUGAGGUCACACAGGAUAUUCCUGAACUCAUUGAUAAACACAGCAAUGGAUCUAAGCUGGUGAUUUAUUCACCCACCGAGAGUAAUGUGGAGUACAACACAACAACUUGUGAUUCACCCACCGGGAGUAAUUUUAAGUGCAAUACAACCAAUUCAACUACAAUUUGUGCCUCUGAAACUCCAAAUGCUUCUCCUUGGUGGCUGUGGGUAGUUUUGGCAGUGGGCUGCGUUUUGAUUAUAACAUCUGUGAUCAUCACAACGGUCAUACGUAGAAGAAAAAAAGAGUCUCCUGUUUAUGAGAAUACGAAAGAAGCUUCAAAGAGACAAUGGAAAGAAGAUCAGUCUCUUCAGCGCAGCAUGCCAUCAAAAGGAUAUUCAAAUAAACAAAUGGAUACUCUGACACCACAUAAAUAUGAAUCUUGUCCCAAAGGUAGACAGCCGAGCCCAAAACAUAAAUGAUAAAUUUGGAUUAUAAUAUGCUAGUCCAUCUUUAUUUUCUCAUCCAGCCAUUCAGAUGUAAUUUUGGUGGUCUGGUGGGGAUCAUUGUUCUGUUUCAUGAACCAGUUUUAGCCAAGCGUUAUCUGCUAGACAAAUGACCUCAAAUUUGCCUCUAGAAUGAUUUGGUAUAAUGAGGAGUUCAAGCUUGUCCAAUUAUCUUUAGGUGCCCUGGAACAGUGGUUAUAAUCACCACCACAUGUAUUUGUGGUGAUAUGCCAUGUUUGUCCAAAGUUUGUGAUCCUGUGAUUCUGAUCAAACGUUUUCUCUUGGGCAGACUGGCAGCAGACUUAAAUGAACUCAAUUUCUUAAUGAUCUAUCUCACUGUACAACGAUGGGUUUCAUCAAACCUUGGGUUGUAUGAAGAAACAGUUGGUGCUCUGAGAUCACUGUUAAUUUGUUCUCUCCUUCGCAUGGUGUUGGCAUGCUUUCAGGUGCAGUUCAGGUGCAUUUGAUAAGUAGCUUCUGGCUAAAAUUACUAUGUUAAUUGGAAUAAAAGCAGCAAGUGUAAACUUUAUGGUCUGACAUAUUUUUUGAUAAGUUCAUAAUGACACAGUGGAUUGUUGUAUUAGAUGUUGUUAGAUUUAUGACCUGAUGAUCUUUUAUCAUCUCUGAAUGCAUAAAACCAUACUUUUAAAAAAAGGUGUACUUUUUUUCUCAUCACUAAAAUGCAUUACAUAAUUAAAAUAAAAAACAAUACCCAAUCAACUAUUCUAUACUACUAUUUUAUACU